AUGGCCGAUUCAGCAGAGACCGAAGCUCAGAUAGCUCCUGCGGAGCCCCAAGCUAGACAUAUUGUCUACUGUGGAGUAUGCACUCUUCCGCCUGAGUAUUGCGAAUUCGGCGGCACAGCAAAGAAGUGCGAAGAAUGGAUCCAAACAACCCAUCCCGACCUACACCAGAAGCUCUACUCAGAAGAAGCCAUCGCCGCCAACCUCUCGGCGCUCUCCCUCGAAGCGCGCCAGCGCGCGGCCAAAGACGCCGCGAAAAAGGAAGCCAAAGCGGCGCUGGUGGAGACGCGCAACCAGGAGCGCAAGGCGGCGGCGAUGAUCCAGAUCAAGCGCGUGGAGCGCAACAAGCGCAAGUUCGUGACGGUGGUCGCGGGCGUCGAGGCGCACUGCGGGCUGGACCUCAAGAAGCUGGCCAAGGAGCUCGGCAAGAAGUUCGCCACGGGCUCGUCCGUCACCAAGAAUCCCGCCGGUGGCGAGGAGAUCACCGUGCAGGGCGACGUGAGUGAUGAUGUGCUGGAGUGGCUGGUCGAGACGAAGGGUGUGCCUGAGGAUAAUGUGGAGUUGGUGGAGGAUAAGAAGAAGAAGAAGGCGGUGGAGUGA